GGUGUACCAAUUCAAAAAAAUUUUUCAUUAAAUAUGGAAAAAAUGAUGGAUGCACGAUCACAUCGUCAAGAACCAUUAACAGAUAUGUUGCCAAAUGUUGGCAAGCCAAAAUUUUGUCUUGUGGAUGAGGGUGAUAAGUUUACACCGGAGGACGCGGCAAAGUUAUUAAAUCGUCAACCUAUAGCAUCAUUGCAAGAACAAGAACUACGAAAAGAACUAAUUAAACCCUUUACAUUAGAAGGAAAAACACAGCAACAAUUACAGACCACUACUGUUAUUAGAAAAGAUUCCGAAAUUACAAAUAUAAGAUUUAAGUUUAGAUUUAAGAACAUUGGCGAGGAUAAAGAUAUUACUAUACGUGAUCGAGAUGGCACCUUGUUAAAA